UAGUCCUUGGCAGAAGCAAAAAGGGGAGAGAGAGACCAGGGAAGUAAGCCUGAGAGCAUCGAGUCAAUUCCGCCGCCUCUGCCUGCCUCCGGCUGCUGCUCGCCGGCGAAAUUCUACACCCGUGUUCUCCGGCUGCUGCUCGCGGGCCAUUGCUCGCACCCGAGCUCUUACUCCCUACUCGACUCUUCUCGGUCUGCAUUGCCUCCCCCUCUCUCUUCCAGCCUCCAUGGCUUCCACACCCUCCUAGCUAGGGUUUGCUCCGCUUCCCCCAUGUUCGGGGACAUGGCCGCCGAUUCCAGCAUGGGGAUGAGCUUCGGGCCCUCCUCCUCCCUCUACCACCACCACCACCACCACCACCACGAUGACCGCAUGGUCUCCUUCCAAGCCAAUUCCGAUUAUCCUGCUCCUGCUCCUCCUCCUCCUCCCGUCUUCCUCCCUCCUCCUCCUCCCCCCAGCGCCCGCAUGCUCCACGGGCCGCCGCCGAAUUACAGGUUCGUCACUGGCUCGCCCGCCGAUUGGACUGCCUAUGAAGUCGCCAUACUAAAGGAGGGCCUCGUCAGGUAUUCUCGUGAGCCCAACAUGACGAAAUACAUCAAGAUUGCUGCUAUGCUGCCCACUAGGACUAUCAGGGACGUCGCGCUAAGGUGCUGCUGGACUGCUGGCAAGGACAGCAGGAGGAGGAAACCUGAUGAAUUCUAUGCGGGGAAAAGGAUAAGGGACUCAAAGGAGAAAAUGGUUUCUUCUACCUCGCUACCUAAUUUUCAAAUGGCACCUCCAAAUAACUUAUUCCCCUUCUCGAUGUCAAUGCACCAUCCAUGUCAAAAUAGCCUGGUCACUAACGAAGUCCCUAUUUUAGAUGAUGCGACUCAGCAUCUUCUGGAGGAAAAUAUUCAGUUACUCAGUCAGAUCUCUUCAAAUAUUGAAAAUUUCAAGUUGGAGGAGAACAUGGAUCUCUUUCUACGUACGAAUAGCAAUAUCAGAACAAUUUCGAAAAGAAUGAGUGAGACGCCUGGUAUCAUGGGUCAGAUGCGUCCCUUGCCAGAACCUGUAAAUGAAGACCACCUAAGUUCACUUCUUCAACUGGGUAGAGCGGUUGCGUCUUCUGGUGAUAUACCACAUAACUGUCAUAUGAAGGAAGAUGGGCGAAGUUAAUGUAAGAUAAAUCAGAAUUGAGGAGAUGUAAGCAUCCUGUAGCAAGAAACAUGGCUGAUUUGUACAAAUGCCAUCAUGAAGAAGAUCUCCGGUGUAGAAUCUAGAUGAUGUUAUUACUGACCAAGGAAGGCAGCACGGGAAUAAGUAAUGGCGCCUUUGAGGGAUAUAUGUUGUUUCAUUUUCCUUCUUUUGGUUGUGAGCUAAUUGUCGUCUGUCUAUCUAUCCUUGAUUCCUGGGGAAAGUGAAGGGAAAAUGUAAAACAGGUGGCGAGAGUUGUGGUUUAUUAUCGUUGUGUUGUAUUGGGAGCUGCUGAAGUUGGACUUCGAUUCAGACGGCUGUAAAUAUAGGGUGUAGUUACGGGGAGACGUUUUGCUUGUCUUUAAUGAUGAUGCCAGAAAGUUAAGACAUCAUUGCUACUCUUCUCAUUGUACAACAAUUGAUUCUUAAGUUUGGCCUAUGAAGCAAUUCUGCCACA